AUCUCAUCUUGCUCUCAAUCUACCACUGAAUAUUCGGAAGCAUGUCUCAGACAUUACGGCGUGUUUUUGCGGCUUCAAUAAAGUACGGCACCGGCAAUUGGCGGUUGAGCGGCUCACGGAGGUGCAUUGCCUCCGCUGCUAGUCAACAAGAUGCCGGGACCUUGCCGUUAGCUGGUAUCAAGGUCCUGGACAUGACAAGAGUGCUUGCUGGGCCCUACUGCACCCAAAUACUGGGCGAUCUUGGAGCAGAGGUUAUAAAAAUUGAGCACCCCGAGAGAGGAGACGACACUCGAGCCUGGGGCCCUCCGUAUGCCAAGCAUAUCAAAGGCGAACAUCGAGAAGGCCCUGGCGAGAGCGCAUAUUAUCUUGCCGUGAACCGGAACAAGAAGUCAAUAGGAUUGUCCUUCCAACAUCCUGCGGGCGUUGAUAUCCUUCGUCGACUAGUCAAAGAAUGCGACGUCCUCGUUGAAAACUACCUACCCGGGUCGCUAGCAAAGUAUGGGAUGGAUUACGCCUCCGUGUCCAAGAUAAAUCCCAGCCUUAUCUAUGCGAGCAUAACAGGAUACGGGCAGACGGGACCCUACAGCAGCCGAGCUGGCUACGAUGUAAUGGUGGAAGCAGAAAUGGGCUUGAUGCACAUUACCGGAGCCCGAGAUGGACCGCCCGUCAAAGUCGGCGUUGCAGUUACGGAUCUUACUACAGGGCUGUACACAUCAAAUGCUGUCAUGGCUGCCCUACUCGCUCGCGUCAAGUCUGGAAAGGGCCAGCACAUUGAUGUUGCCCUCAGUGACUGUCAAGUGGCAACGCUUGCGAACAUUGCUAGCUCUGUGCUCAUCAGUGGCAAGAAGGACUCUGGGCGGUGGGGCACGGCUCAUCCAUCCAUUGUGCCAUAUAGAGCAUUCAAGACGGCUGAUGGUGACAUAUUGCUGGGAGGAGGGAAUGAUCGACUCUACGGGAUCCUUUGCACAAAGAUUGGAAAGCCUGAAUGGAUUACUGACGAGAGGUUCAAGACGAAUCCUAUGAGGGUGAAGAACAGAGAUGUGCUAGAGGAGCUGAUUGAGAACGAAACACGGAAGAAAACAACCCAAGAGUGGCUUGAGAUCCUUGAAGGCUGCGGCAUGCCAUACGCCGCUAUCAAUGACGUUCAGACGACACUCAACCAUGACCACGUCCUCGCUCGCGGCAUGGUCCAGGAAGUGGAACACCCCACAUGCGGCCCCAUUAAGCUGGUCAAUACUCCUGUGAAAUACUCCGUCUCCAAACCUGGUAUAAGAACACCCCCGCCCACACUCGGCCAGCAUACGCGAGACAUUCUGAGCGAGCUUGGCCUUAGUGAAGAGGAAGUAGCUCGGCUUCGUACUGAAAAGGUCGUGGCCUAGCGUCGCGUAAGCUGCAUCAUGAAGCCAUAAAAAUUCACUAAUCUUCCGCGAUGUUUGCAUAUGUGCAUACAAUACAUCGUAUAAGCAUUCUAUUGCAAGCUCACCCCCUGG